CGUUCAGGCAGUGCCCAUCGCCCGUCACACGUUACCACACAUUUUGUGCCAUCUCGGCAGUUUCUUUGUACCUUUUAGCGAAAACUAGUAUUUGUAUUCACGACUGCAUCGAUGACAACAGGUUUUACUGAAUGUAGCGUCAGCGUUUACAUUUCUCGUUACUAACACCUCCUUCUUGUUAUUCAUUAGUAUAAUAACCAUUCCAACGUGUUCGAUGCUCCGACUACCUAAACAACUUUCCACGCCGUAAAUUUCAAGGACACCGUUUCGCAUGGAAGGCAGAGGUUAGGGAGAUAGUCGGAAGUACUCGUGAAAAACUAAAUUGUCAUGAUGAGUUAUAUCUUUAUCCUGCAGCCGCAUUAAAUUUGAACAAUACUGGCGAACUACUGGAAUAUGCUCCUUGUGAAAUGAAGGCUAAACCAGUAUUUUUCUAUGAGCUCCUUAGGAAGAAAUUGAGAAAAAUGUUUUGCGUAGCCCAGUUGGUCCCAGCCCUCCAAAAAAAGUAUCCCGGGGAAAUGUCUCUUGACGAAAGUUAACCAUAAUCAGAAAGUCUGCGUUAUUUAAUUCAUUUCUUGAACUGAAACUACUCGUCAAGAAUCAACCUUCAAGUGAGCUGGUAUUUUUUCAGAUAUGACUGAAUACUUAGCCAAGCGGCAUUCCCGACUGUUAGUAACAUGGAAGUAUUUUCCGCCUUGAGACGAUUACCGAGACGGACAUUUUUAUGUAUAUAUAUCCUGUGUGCUAUGUUUGCUGCUUGUGCCUUUUACACACUUUACGCUGAUGCAGAGCGCACUGUUAUCAUUUCUACAGUCGCCAAAGAUAUCGCAACCGACAACAUUCCAACUCCAUCAAAUCUGAGACAGGCACUGCAGAAUAGGACAAGAUACGCCAUUAAAUCUGGCGCAAGUCAUGAACUGAAGGGUUUCAAAUCACGCACAUCUUGGACAUUUACACUUCCAGAAGCUUUCAGAAUAUCCAGUAAAGGCAUUCAUAACAAAGUGUCCAAUAUUUUCAUUAAUGAAUCAGAUCAUAACAGAACUAUGAUCGCCUCACUUAUCAAAAGUACAAGAUACCUUUAUUUGGACAACAUGGCCACCCCAACAAGUUCUUCCUCAUCAACUUCAGCUUACACGAGCACUUCUGCUACUCCAACAGAUACCUGUCAGACUUCUGGCAUGAAAGAUUCGAAACUGAUUCUUCUUUGGACUUCCUUCUUCGGAAACUGGAAUUACCUGCCUAAAGAAAGAUUCUCUCAUUGCCCUAGGUGCCGCAAUUGCCAAGUCACUUCUGAUAGGUCACGUUUGCAAGAAAGUGAUGCUGUGAUAUUCCAUGCCAGAGAUAUGUCCAUUGCCGAUUUGCCACACAUCAGAUACCCUCACCAAAGAUGGGUUUUUUAUUGCCUAGAAUCACCGCCCCAUUCUGAUUUUUCUGGCUUACAGUAUAUGAAUCAUAUGUUCAAUUGGACAAUGACAUACAGGGCUGAUUCUGAUAUUCUCGCUCAGUAUGGAACCGUUGUAAAGGUCUGGCCACCUCGUAAAUUGGAUCUCCAGUCUUUGCAGUGGUCCUUCACAAACAAGUCCAAAUCGGUAGCCUGGAUGAGCAGCCAUUGCCCAACACAUGGUGGCCGUGAUGAUUUCGCCAAAGAACUGAAGAAGUACAUAGACGUGGAUAUUUAUGGAACUUGCGGCACUACAGUUUGUCCACCAGGAGCGACUGAAAAGUGUCUCCAAGAAUUUGCUGAGAAAUACAAAUUUUUCUUGGCUUUCGAGAAUACCUUGUGCAAAGACUACAUCACCGAAAAGUUUUUCAGGACACUGCAUUACAAUAUCAUUCCAGUGGUAUUCGGCGGGGCGAACUACCACAAAUUUGCUCCUCCGGGUUCUUUCAUAGAUGCCCUCAGCUUCAAGUCACCCAGACAUUUGGCAUUCUUCUUGACUGGUGUUGGAAAAGACUUCAAGUUAUAUAGCAGCUAUUUUCGAUGGAGGAGAGAUUAUUCAGUGACACUUAGCAACCAGAAAGAAUGUGAUCUGUGUUCUAUGCUACACCGCAAACAUUCGAGUCCGUCCACGUAUGAAGACCUUAGACAGUGGUGGGUGGGAAAAUCCGACUGUAAAGUGUGGAAACCCAAGUAGUAGUGAUGGCAAGUAUAGGGUAAUCGUAAAGUGCGCGAAUUCAAAAUUUGCAGUUUUUUAUUAUUAUUUAUUUUUUAUUAAAUGCGAAUGUAAUAUUAGUACAUCCUUUGUUGAUAUCUGAGCAAGACCUCAAGGAGGUGGGAAGUGACUACCAUGGUAUGGGUGAUGAAAUAUCUAUCUAAUGUUGUGGAAGUCAUGUGUGCAGACCCAUGUUUUUUGCGUAACUGCUUUAGGUAAGACUUGGAUUGACGUGUGUGUAUUAACGAAAAUAUGCUAUAGAAAAUAUACACUGCUGUAAACUGUUAGGGAAUAUUAUCAUUUUGAAUAUAAACUGUGCAUGAAGAAAAAAAUUGUCUAAUAUAUGAUCCGUAAGUAUUGUAACCUAUGAGGAAAAAAAAAAAGCAUGUGCGAAACAAGGAGUACUAAAAUUUUAACUGACUUUUUGUUGAAAGACUUUUAAAAAAAAAUUAAUGUUUUGUACAUACGAUCAAAAAAAACUGACUUCUUGAAUAAAAGUGAGUAAACACUUUCUCUGCUACGUCCCAAAAAUAUCAUUGCCCGCUAAGAUAAAAUACUGCAUUUAAAACACACAAAAGAAAAGUAUCGAGUCUUCUUUGACUUCUUAUCCCUGGAAACUACCUUAAGUAAAAAAAUCAGAUUUCGCUCAGUCCGUACUACAUAAAAUUGAAUAACAUUGUACAAAAACGAAACAAAAAAAAUAUAGUCAUGCGCAAAGAAUAGAUUUGUGAAAGGGAUUUUAAAGGGUAUGCCCUGCUCGAAAGGAAUGCUGCUGUCCUCUGAGGCGUUGAGUGAAUGAGGUUAUCAAGGAGUUAGGGGAAUAUACUUUCUCAAUAGGAGAGCAGAUUCUAGUUGCUGAACCUUUUUGAAGGGGAUAACCGAUGAGUGAUCCUUCUUCCUAGAAUGAUGCAAACACGUACAGUUGAGUUCAUAACUAAAGAACGUACUGGCCAAUCCAUUCGAAGUAUUCCUUUGUCGGAAUAAUAAUAAAGGAAGUCGUCUAGCAGCCCUGCACUUUGUGGCUUGACAUUAUCACUUGUGGAAAUAAAUUCAUUUCAGAUUACUCCAGCUUAAAGGACCAAAAUUGUUUGAGUAUCUUAUCGCUAAAUCUAUGAGUCGUCAGUCAUCCAUCUCUGAUUAUAUACUAUCAGUAUGACUAUUAAUAGAAAUGCUGGUCGAAUAGUUCGAGUCGAAACUCGUGCCACUAGCCCUCAGAAGGUGGUAUUUCUUACUGAGGUUUCUUCCGGCGUUAGUGUAGAAUGCCAGGCCUCAUUUUAUGUUUAACAUAUAUGAUCUUCUUGCCUUUGCUUAACAUUUCUAGUUUCCAAACUUUCGAACGACCGAUGGUCCUUCAAGAUUUAGUUAGCUGAUGUUGUUGAGACACCGUAUUCACUGCUGCGAAGCAUUCAACACACAGUAAUUAUUUCUUCUCUUCUACAUAAAGAAAGAUGCAGCUCGCUUUUUCACUUCUUAUCGAAAACUUGUAAUUUGCAGUGUCACAGACAAAAUUUGCAUAUUUCGAAGUUUGUAAUUACGGUAACUAUCCUUUUCAAUCACUUUUAUUUCAUUCUUAUUUAAAAACAUUGUAUGGUUGUUUUACACCACACUUAACAUAUGCCCUAAUGUUUUUAGCCGUGUGUACAUACAUACACACAGCUAUUAAACAUAUAUUUUAUAUACUUAUAUAAAAUAAGAAAAGUAAAUUGCAAGAUUAAAUUAAAAUUUUCGUUCAGAUGUCAAUCUCAGCCAGAGGCUAUUGGUUAUUAUUCUAUUCUUACACUAAUUUUGCAACUGUUUAUUGUUUUUUACAGUAAUUUUGUUUUUGCUUUUAAUUUAUCAGUUCAUAAAAUUGCCUGUUUUUGUUAUAAUUUGGGUUAAUUACAUAUAAUAUACAAAACAGGAGGCUCACGAAAGGUAGUGCUCCUAGCUCCAACGAUGUACCUAACUCCCGCUGGCAAAAUGUCGACCCAAAAGCUGUAAAGAUUCCAAGCCACAUACGAAUUUAAUUACUUUAAUUUAUUCCUGACAUUGUGCUAGUACACAACGUGACAUUAGGAAGUUCUUCAAUCGCGCUUCUACGGGUACUCUGUGAAAUGUUUGCGUAGAAAGCAGUGUGUAGUUUUUUAAUUCAUAAUUCGGGAAUUUUACGAUUACCCUAGGUAACAAUACUUUUUACCUUGAGCAGGAAUAUUUUUGUUCCAUUGCAAAGUGACAAUUUUGUAAUAAUUGUAAAUUAAAAUAGUUGAAAGUAAUAGUUGAACAUUCUUAAAUAGCCAAUAUUUGGAAGCGACCCAGUUGCUUCAUUCUAAUAACUGGCUGUUUUAUGCUCCCGUGCCUAUCGGUAUAAAGUGAGUUUUUAUGUGUAAUUUUUUAUGCUGUUCCUAAUAUUUCUGUUUAAAAUGCUAACUUAAGCUUUUUAAAAACAGCAGUAAAAGAUUUUAUAAAAAUGCAUUUUUAACUCGCAUGCUUGCACCUAACUUGGAAGAAAGAUGAUUUAUUCUGUACUCCCAUUUCUGUUUUUGAAAGAUUGCUUUGUACUAUGUUUUUGUACUGCUGGGCGAAUAUUCUUUUAACUGGAAUUGUGAGCGAAGAAGUGUUAAAACAAUAGGGCCCCGAAAGUAAACCGGCAAUAAAUAAAUCUCAAAUUUCAUUUAUCUUCGUACUAACUAAUGUUGAAUUUGUUCCAUUAUAGAGCACGCUCACCGAAUAUUUGUCUAACGAAAGAUUUGAAAGUUACUUGCACCAUCUUUAACUGUUGGUCGCCAUUAAAGAUAUGUCAUUCUGUUUCGUUCUUUGUUUAUUGAAAUAAAUAAUGUAAGAGAUAUUUCUCAUGUUUAGAAAUUUUUAUCGUAGUUGAAAUGAGCUGAUGACAAAAGUAUAUUUUCUUACCUAGAAGCAUCAAGUGGAUGCAUAUACCUUUAAAGAGAAAAAUAUCAAAGCAAUUAGUAUUAUUACCAAUAACCAUUUGGCAUUUGUUGACUAAGAAUUAAUUAAUUUUAUAAGCUUUUCUAAGAAAUGAGAAUCUCCCCUUGGAUUUGGUCCCAUUUUUGUUUGCAGUUGUUUUUCGUUUAGGAUAUACUUUGGAGAUCGGGUAAUGUAAAUUCUGUUGGCACGAUGUCAAGACUACAAACCGUGUAAGGCAACAUUUCAAAGCGUAACUCCCUGUUUUUUAAGUGAUUAACUCUCGAAGUUUGCAUUAUCACGAAGAAGAAUAGAGUGAUUUCGAGAACUUUUCUAGCGAUAUUGCUUCCGCCAUUCUCUUCAGUUAGAACCUGUUCGUUAAUCAAAAUCUUUUAAAAUGCAUAUAUUACCUAUCCAAUCCUGCCAUAGACACGACGACACUUUCUCUCGUUGAGUUUUGAUCUUGAAGGUGGAUAAGUUUUAUUUCUAGAAAAGGUCUUGAUAAGUAGGCUUUCUUAAGAAAACCGGAUCUGAUGGAAGAGAAGCUUACUCCUGCAACACUUUCGUGUCUCAUGUAGUUAGUUUGCAGUCAUAAUACGGUUAACUUUUCUUUUACUACUGAACUGUGGACACCAAAUCAUCGGCUCGAUAACUUUCCAAUGGUGUGUAGAUAGUCACGGAAGUUAUUUCAAGGCCUGCAAGGUGUAGUUUCUCGUAACGAUUAUAAAUCACACCAAAUCUGACUUAAGUAAAUUGCCAUUUUCUUUUCGGGGUCUCCUUUAAAUAUUGCUUCCGACUAUAGUACAAAAGCAGUAGAUUUCUGUACAGUAAUUUUUUUUAUACCUCAUUCAAAAAUACGUGUAUAAUAUGCAUAAUAACUUCCUUUCCCCUCACAUUACUUAUAUAUCCACUUCCUUUGUGUUAGCGAACUUUUAAAGGAAUGAUGAGCUAUUUUUCAAAUAUAUGAUCACUAGUUCAUAUAAAUAAUGCAUAAUUUUAUUUAAACUUAAAUAUUUCGUAAGGUUUGAUUUUCUCGCAUAGUUUCUUAAAUGUUUGACCAACCUGGCUAACAUUUUCACUUAUUUCAUAGAGCUCAGGGCAAUUUCACUUAGUAUUUUCAUUAUUUCCAAACAAAAUCAAACACAUUUUGUCACUACACUCAGAAUGAGUGACUAUUUUGAUUAUUCUUACAAAUGGCUUUCAUGUAAAUAUUUUAUUUAAAAAUAUAGUUUUGUGUCCUUUUUUAUAGAUAUUGAAUAUAUGUCUGCUUCCAAAUAAAAUAUUUGUUGAAGUCGC